UUCAGCUCUCCGUCAGAGACCUCCCCCUCCCUCUACCUGCGGGCUCGCGCUCUCUCACCUGUUCUUCUUUCACUUCUCACCUGAGACUCAGCGGAGCUGCACGCGCUGUCGGGACGAGCCGCGCGGGUUUUAUUGAUCUGUUUCCGGUUGCUUUAAAGAAGACUUUGUUUGUGGACUGUGGAGGUUAAAGGUCAUCUGAAGGACCAGCAGGAUGUCCCGUGCGGAGGAGCGCGAGGACCCGGACUGUGUUUGUUCUGUCGGGAUGAAGUUAACGUGGGACAUCAACGACCCCAAACUACCGCAGGACACGAAGCAGUUCGACCCGUUCCAGGAGUGGACCGACGGCUACGUCCGCUACAUCUACAGCGCUGAGGAUAAGAACGCUCAGAGACACCUCUCCGGCUGGGCCAUGAGGAACACCAACAACCACAACUGUCAGAUCCUGAAGAAGUCGUGUCUGGGUGUGGUGGUGUGUUCUCGAGGCUGCUCGCUGCCUGACGGCUCCAGACUGCAGCUCCGCCCCGCCAUCUGCGACAAGGCCCGGCAGAAACAGCAGAAGAAGCUGUGUCCGAGCUGUAACGGCGGUCUGGAGCUGCUGCCGUGUCGUGGCCACAGCGGGUACCCCGUCACCAACUUCUGGAGGGUCGAUGGGAAGGCCAUCUUCUUCCAGGCUAAAGGGGUCCACGAUCAUCCCAGACCAGAGUCCAAGUCUGAGACUGAAGCCAGAAGAAGUUCUGUGAAGAGACGAGUCAGCUCGCCACCGUUCCCUCCCAAGAGACGACUCAUCGAAACACAGGCUCUGGGCCCCGCCCUGCUCUCCUGCGUCGAGCCGGCAGACCGGAUCUCUUUCAUUGAGCCGAACUUCCCGCAGCAUUACCCAGCAUUCCAGAGCCCAGACCCCUACUACAACCCCCACAAUCCACUAGGGGAGGCCCCGCCCACACUGCAGAAACCAGCCAAUCCCAGGCUCUACAUGGGCCGGCCCGGCUACGAGUUCCAAGGAUACCUGACCUCGCCGUCGUAUCCUGUGACCUCUGACCUCUGUGACCCCAGGGUGGCUCCAGUCCUCGGCCCCUCUUCUUCCUCCUCUUCGGCGUCAGUUCCUCUCUCCUCCUCCUCCUCUUCCUCAUUUGACCCCCAGACGAAGCCUCCUCCGGGCUGGAAGGAGCUGCUGAAGAGCUCCGCCCCCUACGGUGACAACCACCACUACUACAGCACUGAGUAUCCCUGCCGUUACCCCAGCAACGCCCCAGGGUCCCCCGCAGCACUGCAGACCAUCAUCACUACAACAACCAAGGUCUCCUACCAGCCCUGUCCUAAACCUCCAGCGGCACUCCCCUCCUACCAGUCGUGUCCCAAACCUCCAGCCGGCCUCCCAGCCUACCAGCCCUGCGCUCCUCCCAAACCUCCAGGCCUCCCCGGCUGCUCCUCCCUGCUGGACGAUGCCUCCUCCUCCUCAUACUCCACGGAGGUGAAGGUGACGGAGGAGUCAGGUGGUGUCAUCAAGUCUCUGUCUUUUCAGCCUGAACCUCUGCAGACCAAAACAGAGCGAAGCGACGGCUACGACUACCGCUACACCUACCCCAACACGUAUCGCUAUGACGACUACUGAUGCAGCACUACCUCUGCCACCAUUUCUGCAACUGCUGUUACCACGACUACUGCCGCUGCCAAAAUCAGAUACUGUAUCUCCCCUCGCACAAGAACUUCUGAAUGCUAACUGCAACAUAAGUACAGCUGCGACUGGACGGUUCAGGAGUUGAGAGGAUGCUGAUCAUCGGGACAAAACCCAAACUGAACCAGAACUUUUCACUGAGUUCACAUCCCCUGCACUCCUCUAGCGCCCCUUCAGGAACAAAAAGUCAAAACUUUGUACACCAGAUGUCUCAAGUAUCAAAUCAAAUCAAAUUUUCAAACACAGAUCUCAAAAAGCAGGAUUCUCAACACAAGGUCCACUUACUUUCUGUUUCCAGAGCUAUCAACCACAUCUCGUGGGUCUUUUUCAGCGAGCAGAGAUAGAGUCACUGAGAUGGUUCAGUUUGUCGUCAUAUAACUGAAGAAUUUCAGUCAUGUGAUAACAGGCGGUCGAAGAAUGAUAACAAAAUUGAACCGCCCCCGCUGACCACAUGGCAACUUUGUCUGCUCAGGAAGGCCAUGAGAUGUGGUUGAAAGCUGCAGAAACAAGAAAGUUGGAUCUUGUGAUGAAAAUUUUUGGCCAAAUUGCUGAAUGAAGCUUGAAGCCCGGGAUUCUGUUAUUUAGAGAUCAUUAGAGCUGCAAUGAUUAGUCUAUUAAUUGAUUAGUUGCCGACUAUUAAAUCAA